AUGACUGGAGACAGACAGAUUAGUCUGGCAUUAGAGCGUGCCUAUGCACGUAGACGUGGGCGCAAAACCACAUCCUGCUCCCAAUGCCAUUCUCGCAAGCAAAGGUGCAACCGGGAGCUGCCAUGCUCUCGUUGCAUCCAGCGUGGAGUUCCUCAGCUAUGCCGCUGGCCCGACAGAGAGAGGAAUCCUGGGACAUCACAGGAAGGAGCCGCGGCUACGGCUGAUUCACAAGGAACGGAACUGGGCCAACUGUACAUUGCCCGGGGUGCGCCCAGCUUCUUUGGCAAUUCAUAUUUUGGCCACCAGGUGGCCGCGCGCAUGAUCCACGAAUCGGCUCCAGAUCUGCCGCCGAUAAGCUUGCUGUCUAGCAAGGAUUCAUUGCAAUCCUUUCGAAACGACUCUGGGCCUUUUUCCCAGGUGUGGGAUCUACUUGGCCUAUUACCUCGAAAUAAAGUGACUGUUGACCGACUCAUUGAGCGAUUCUUGACGGAAGUCAAUUGGGCCCUCGAUGUGGUUCACGCGGAGACCUUCCGAGGCCAGUUUGCAGAGUUCUGGGGACGCAAGUUUGGAUUCGACGAAAUUGCUGGGGUUGAUCUUCGCUGGCUGGCUCUGUUAUUUAUUAUUCUUGCCUUCAGCGUCCUUCUGGACAGUCCUACAACCCCUUCACCGGAAAAGAGGAAGGAAAGCGAAGAGGCAUCUCUUCGCUUCUACUGGGCUGCUCGGAGAGCUAUUGUGAUUUCGCCCUCUUUCCAUGGCGAGAGCUUGGAUCUUGUCAGGGCAGGACUGAUGGUGACGCGUUAUUUGCUUUAUACGAGGCAAAUCGCAGAAAGCUGGUUAACCAUCAGUUUUGCUAUGCGCAUGGCCCAGGCGCAGGGCAUGCAUAUAGAUGGGGAGAAAUGGGGCCUGUCGCGCAGAGCAACCGAAGCCAGGCGACGGCUCUGGAGCAAUCUCUACCUCCUUGACAAGACAAUUGCGCUGGCCCUCGGCAGACCAUACGCGAUAUCAGACCACAUGUGUCUAAUCAAAGCACCCGAUAAUAUCUGGCUCGAUGGUCUGACCGAUGAACAAUCCUCAGUGGCCACAGCAAAACCACUGAGCGAUCCGACCCCAAGUGCAGUCACAAUUCUCGGCAAUGGACUGGCUAAAAUUGCAGGGGAAAUCCAAGACCGAUGUUUUGGGCUGUAUCCAGCAUCCUACGAGCUAGUGGUCGAAAUGGACGAAAAGCUCGUGGCGUGGAAAAAGCAACUCCCUCCAUAUUUUGCCUUGGACGACCUUGAUAUGGUGCUGGACGAGUCGCAUGCAUUUUUACCGUGGCAUCGCCUUUACUUGCAUUCCGCAUUCCAUUUUGCCCGAAUCACUCUCCACAGGCCUUAUCUUCUGCGAGAGUCCAUCACCAACCGUUUCAGUCUGAGCCACGAGGCGUGCAUUUCUUCGGCAUCAUCAGAUCUCAAAAUCCGACUGCGGUCAUUGAAUUAUGGGACAGCGGAGAAUAUGAGAUGGACACUGGGGACCCACAACAUGUUUAACAGCGCCCUCAUCCUUGGUAUCAUUGCUGUCCGCCGCCCCCAUGCACCGCAAACGGCAGCAAUUCUUAACGACCUCGAGGAAUACUGUGAGAGACUGAGAAAGGAUGUGUGGUUGAACGAGUUUGGUCUUGCCGAAGUCAAGGUUGUUGAAUUGUGCAUUGCACGCACCAAGGGGUUUGCGAGGACUACCGAUCAGUUGGGCGAUGACUCCCAGCUGAACCCAGAUGAUAUCUUGCCUGGUUUCCUUUCGCAUGAGCGUGAUAGAUCCUCUAUGAACCCGGCAGAUGGCAUGUCGCUGGGAUCUGCUGCGUUUGAUGCACCGCCGAGCCAGCCGCCUGGCUAUUCCCCUGACAUGAUGUGGCCUGCAGUAUGGGAGGACCAGAAUUUUGCGUUCCCGCAGGCUGCCGAUCUCGAAACGUGGGAGCAGAUGAUCUCUGAGAUUGCAUAUCACAACUAG